CCCGGACUAGUCACUGAGCACUAUGCCUGCUGGAACAGUACCACUCACUGACGAAGGGAUUGUCAGCGCAGUAUGCGAUGCCUACACUGACAUCGCUAAGAAAAGCGUGCACACAGCAUACGCUGAAGCAGCUGCAGAGGCGUUCGGAUACACCGCUGAACAGCUGAGCUCCGUCCCAGCAGAAUCCUACAUGGGACUCAGCUGCGGAAAUCCCGUGGCAGUAGCAUCCAUCAAAGAGGGAGAAACUGUUCUUGACUUGGGCUCUGGUGCUGGCAUCGAUGUCCUCCUUGCAGCCCAGAAAGUCGGUCCUAAGGGACAAGCCAUCGGUAUGGAUAUGUCGACAGAUAUGAUCGAUCGAGCGCGUAAGAACGCUUCUAAGCAAGGGUAUAGGCCACCUCAGCUGACACAGCCCCUGCCUCUGGAAACCGCCUCCGUAGAUUGCAUCUUGUCCAACUGUGUUGUUAAUUUGCUUCCUGAUGCGGGGAAGGCAGCCCUCUUGAAAGAGUGUUAUAGGGUCCUCAAACCUGGUGGACGUCUUGUGGUUGACGAUAUUAUCGCGAAGAAGCAGCUUCCGAAUGCCAUCCGAUCCGACUUUUCGGCCUACAUUGGAUGCAUAUCCGGGGCGCUUCAGUUGGAGCAAUACAAAGCUCUUAUGAAACUUGCUGGGUUCAUAGAUACGUUGUUUGUUGAGACCGGCGGAGAUCUCAAGGUCUAUGAAUCCGCUGGACCCACAUGCGGUGGCGUACCUUCAUCUAGCCCCUCGCCUAGAUGUUGUGCGGCCACUACUAGUGUUCUCCCUCAGACUAUCAUCGGGAACCUCAACGAAUUGGCUGCUUCAUACCAGAUAUACGCAAGAAAAGUCUCCUCAGAUAAUGGAGCUGCGGAAAAAUCUCCUCUAGCACUUGUUCGCUGGUGGGAUGCAUAUCCGAAAGACCAUUUAACUUCCGGUGAAGUUGCAAGUUUGCUUCGCGACCCCGAUCGUUCAGACUAUGCUAUUAUUGACGUUCGAGAGAAUGACCGCGUUGGUGGUCAUAUUCUGAGAAGCAUUCAGUGGCGAGCAGACACGUUUGUCGGUUCACUAGACAUGUUUUACGAUGAGUACGGCAAGACAAAACAGGUUAUUUUUUACUGUGGGAGCUCCAAAGGACGUGGAUCUCGAUGUGCUGCUUGGUAUCAAGAUUAUCUAAAUGGCAAAGGUAAUACGGAGUCGAAAGCUUGUGUUCUAGAAGGCGGAUACUAUGGAUGGAGAUAUCCUGAUCUAGUGGAUGGAGCAAGCAGUCUGUGAAAGGCUAUUAUAACACAUGUACGGAAUACAGGGUUUCAAUGCUGAAGUAAAGUAAGGCAUUCUCUGCAGAUAACAUUUC